AUGGGAUCACUGGUUUCAUACUCAAUAAUUCAGACGGGCAUCGCAAUAACAGGUACCUUGAACGCUUCAUCAACGGACGACCGGCUUUGUAGGCCCUCAUUUUCUUCACAACUGGCCGUCAACUCUCCACAGGUCGCCUCUUUGGCGUUGGGUCACGUUGCUGCUUGUUUGCGCCUACUAGCCGCUGUUCUCGAUGUGCCAUUGCGCUAUCCAAUAGAUUACAGGCAGGGGGGAUCCCGUGUCCGCAUCUCAGACUUAAUCUCCCCAGAUUUGCAUGAAGUCGAGCGCAGUUUCCCUCUUUUCCUACAACGCAACGUCUCCUUGUCCGACUAUCGUUACGCUGUACACCUGCUUAAUCUCAAUGUGGCGGUACUUUGUGGGGCUUGCGAGGUACCAAUAGUACAUAAGCGGGAAACCCUGUGGAAUCUAAAAAACCUGAUGGAUUGCAAGAAACUCCUUUUUCCGAUAGAGUGA